UGUUUCCUCUAUUUAACGUAUAUGUAGAGGACUGAAAAAUAAAAGGGUUUAUUAGUUCCAGUAAAAUAGGGACCCUCACAUUUUUUUUGUUAUUUAUGUAGUUGACUUGAUUUUAUUACAUUUUGUUUAUUGUGAACAUUAGUACACCGUAUUUUUGUGACAGUGCUGAGGAUGUCAAAUCAUUGUCUUUUAAGACAAAGUAGUUAUAUUUAUUUCACCCAGUAGAGGGCGCUCUUAGGCUGAACCGACAGGAAAACGGGCUGUGUGGAUAAAAGGUUCAGAAUAAACCUUGCCCCGCAGGCUGACGACACAUUCAUUUUUGUGUUGGUUUUCCUUGUCGUUUUAGAGAGAGAGAGAGAGAGAGAGGGAGAGAGAGAGAGAGAGAGAGAUCAUUCUCGACCAUCUCCCGCCAUCAUACAGCCAUUUGCUGCUAUGAUUCCAUAUUGUGCACGGCUCAGGUUCCCCUAGGCCUGAGGCCGGCAACAAUUGGGGGCUCGUCCGGGAUAGCGCCACCUGGUGGGGACAGCCGCCACUGCACCUGAAUGAUCCUGUUGUCGACGCUUCAGGGAGAGCUUCUGCAAAUAAGUAAUCCAGAGAGUCAAGACUUCAGGCAACAAGGACAAUGGCAACAUCCAAACCACGUCAGACGCUUAUCUGGGACAUUCACAAAAGAUUGCCUACACUGAAUCUGAGACAGCUGCGAACCCUUGCGGCAGCCUUAGAGAGUGAACAAACAGAGGAGGCUCUAAAUGUGUCUACACUCAGUGAACCAGAACUGUAUUACUACAUCACGGACUAUGUCAAAAGUGAGAAGUUGCAGAGUCUGGAGGAUGAGGGCAUGUCAUGCUUGCUCCUCCUCUGUGACAUGAUUAGCGAACUCAUAGCAAGUAAUGACGCAACCCAAGUGGCAAGUGAAAGCACACUGACAUCGCAAGGCAAAGGAACAACGGCACAGCUAAAUGCGACCCCAGUUCAAGGUGACAACACAUCUCCAGAUAUGCCAGUGGCAACACAAGGCACCUGCACAUCUGCUGCCCUCAUCAGCAUGUCAGCUAACAUGGACAGAGACACUGUGAUGCAUGUGUCAGCUGGUAGAGACUCCGUUCCUGUGGGUAGGAGAAGUACAUCAUCAGUGGGGUCAGAUCAGGUGGUAAGACUUACUGAAGUAGCAGCUUUUCUGCCCCGUAGAGAGUUGAAAAUUCAGGGGGGCCAGAUAUCAGACUCAGGAUCUGAAAUCAUUUACAAUAGUAUUUGUAAACAGAUAGAUGAGGGUCUGAAGGAGGGAUUCACAGAGUCAGAAGUUAUUAGGUCUGUACUGAGAGUCACAAAACCAGGUACUUUCAAAGAGUUUCUGACAGAUAAGGUUGACCUUACAGUUGAUGGGUUAAAGCGCCUACUGAGAUCUCAUAUUCGAGACAAAAGUAGUACUGAGCUCUUUCAGGAGUUGAGCAAUGCUAAACAGAAUGAGAGGGAGACACCUCAACAGUUCGUAUACCGAAUAAUGGGUCUCAAGCAACGUGUACUACUGGCGUCACAGCAGUGUAGCUCUGAGUUCAAUUAUGACAGAAGGCUAGUUCAAGGUGUGUUUCUCCAUACACUGUAUCAGGGUCUAAAUGAAAAAAGCAACAACAUUAGAUGUGACAUAAAACCCUACCUUACUGAUCCACAAGUGACAGAUGAUUUCAUCUUAGAACAGAUAACUAAAUCUGCAACAGAGGAGGCAGAAAGACAAAAACGCUUGACUUCCGCAGGGAAACAGAGACCAGUGACUGUUAGUUCAGCUCAGGAGGUUAACACUGACCAGAUUAAUCAGACUAAAUUAACACAGGUCGAUAGUGAGUUACAAGCCAACCGCACUGCUAUCAUGCAGCUGACAGCUCAAGUGUCAGCACUAACUAAAAGUCUAGAGAAAGUGGUGACCUCAAAUGGUAGUGAGAUGCCUGCUACUCACCCACAGUCCGCUCCUAAAAUCCAGCCACCGAAGGUUACCGUGAAGAGGAAGUGUCAGGAAUGUAUUCAACAGGGAAGAGAAAAAUGUGUCCAUUGUUUCCUCUGCGGCCAAGCCGGACAUAGGGCUGUGGGGUGUUUUAAGCAGUCUGGGUCGGGAAACUGGGUGAGGUCACUGGAAAGGGACAGCCAGUGA